AUGGUGAGGAAAUCCACUAAACCACCAAAACGAAUAGCAUUCAUUCACCCCGACUUGGGAAUAGGCGGAGCCGAAAGAUUAGUAGUAGACGCAGCCGUGGGGUUGCAAGAGCUAGGCAACGACGUCAUAAUCUACACGUCGCACUGCGACUUUGCCCACUGCUUCGAUGAAGUCAGCAGCGGCCAGUUGAAAGUGGAAGUGAUGGGGGAUUUCUUACCCACCCACGUCUUCAGGCGAUUCCACAUCUUGUGUGCUAUAUUACGGCAAUUUUAUUUGGUGGUGACGUUGAUCACCACGGGCAAGAUCCGCGCCGUUGACUAUUUCAUAGUGGACCAAUUGUCCUUUUGCGUGCCGAUUCUCGCCAUGUUUAGCAACGCGACGAGUCGAACUUUGUUCUAUUGCCAUUUCCCCGACCAGCUCUUGACGCGUCGCCAGAGCUGGGUGAAGAAAAUGUAUCGUGUGCCGUUUGAUUUCGUCGAGGAGUGGAGCACGGGGUGCGCUGACCGAAUCGUGGUCAAUUCCAAGUUCACCCGGGGGAUAUUCCACGAGACGUUCAAGAAUCUCCACGUGGAGCCGGGGGUGAUUUACCCCUGCGUCAACGCCAGCUUGAGCACGAUUGAAAUCACGCCUGCUGAUGAAGAAGUGUGCAAUUUCUUCCGCGACUCGCGUUAUUUCCUAUCCGUGAACCGGUUUGAGCGGAUCAAGGAUAUCGGGUUGGCGAUUCGCGCGUUUGCCAAGCUGAAGAAAAUCUUGCCUGGCAAGCCCAGGCUUGUUGUAGCCGGAGGCUACGAUCUGCGAGUGGUGGAGAAUGUCGAGUACUUGCGGGAGUUGACUCAGCUAUGCGAUGAGCUCAAGUUGACCAACUUCACCGUGCGUGGGAAGCUUAUAAUCAUGCCUCCGUCAACUGAUGUGUUGUUCUUGCCUUCAAUCAAAACCUCGCUUAAAAACUCGUUGUUGAAAAACGCCGAGUUGUUACUAUAUACCCCUGGAAGAGAGCAUUUCGGGAUCGUGCCCGUUGAAAGCAUGCAGUUCAAGACCCCCGUGCUAGCGAGAAACUUUGGCGGUCCCUUGGAGACGGUGGUGCAUUACGACGGACAGAAUCUAGAUGAAGCCACGGGGUUCAUCGAGGAAGGUGAUUAUGACAAGUGGGCCAAGGUACUCAUCAAGUACUAUAACGAAACGGGCGACCAUGUCAAGAGACAAUUGGGCGAUAACGGGUACAAGCGAGCCAUCAAAAAGUUUUCGCGCACAGAAACUAGUUUUGAGUUUAUGGAGAAUUUGGAGUUGGCUUCGAAACAAGCGAAAACCAAGAUUGUCCCUGCGUGGGUUGUGGUUUUGCCCGGUUUCAUUGCAGCGUUCAUUGCGUUCGUUAUAUAUACAUGUACGUAA